AGGGGCAAAAUAAACAGUUACUUUGGUUUCAUUUUAGUUUUCAUUCAACAUGCCCCGUGGCAAGACAUUAAAAAAAUAAGAAAAAGGGAGAAAAAACGAGCGACGUGAAAAAAUAAAGAAAAAACUCUACUCUAUCGGAAUUGAAUUGAAAGGAGGAAGCUGAUUUUUUUUAUUAUAUUGCGAAAAUUGCUUUUAUAUUGCCGUUCAUCGUCGACGUCUUCAGAAUCUUGUAAAAAAAAAGUUGAAAAGGUGUAAAAGUAGUAUCAACAAAAAACUCGAGAAUUAAUUAAGUUAAGUAUGUUGUAAGAGUUUAUGUGAGAAAAAAAAUCGUAAAACUAUCGAAAAUGGCUCCUCAACAAAGAGUUAAUAAUAAAAAAGUGAAAAGUAGCGAUAAAGAGAAAAAGGAAAAGACGGAAAAAACUGAAGAAAAUGCAGAAUCGGGAGAAGGUUCAGGCUUAAGAGGGUAUUUGAGUUCAGAACAAGGUUCAAACUUCAUGAAAAUGUUCGUAAUGAUGAAUUCUUUGGUAAUGUUCCUCACAAUGGGAGUUCCCGCCAUGAAACAAGCUUACGAGAUCGCUCGCAGUUGGUUGGAAGAAUGGGGAUGGCUUUAAACAUUAACUCACAAAAUGAUCGCUUUUAUGUUACUUCGCACCGUUUUGCUCAUCGGCAUCUUGUCAGUCUACAGCAUCGGGAUGUUUCGUUUAAUCAAUCAAUUUUUCGGCGAACGUUAUCAGUCUCAUCUACGUGAUGAGCUGAGCAAACGAGCAAAAGACACUUUGCAACAGCAAAAAGUUUCCGUGUCAUUAUCUAAUAACGAUUUUAAUCGCGACGACUUUUGCCGAAGAAAAAUUGACGGAUUUUACGGAAUUAUUAACGAGGAAGAAAACGAAGUGAAAUUACAAAAUUUUUGUGCAAAUGACGACGACAACGACGCCAAGAACAAUAAAUUAACGUUAAACGAUUCCAGUUAUAAUGUAAAAAAACAUGAACAUGAAAAAGAUUUCCGUAACGCCGCGGAACGAAGACGCAAUAAUGAGAACAUUAAGAAGAAAACUCAAUUAAAAAAGAGCAAAGUGUUUAUGACUACUACCGCGAGUGAAACGCAGGCAGAAAGGAUGAGCGAAAAAGAUGAAAAGCAUAAAUUUUAUGAUGAUGCAGAUUUUGUGACGGCAGCUCCGCGCACCGAAGACGACAAGUUAAUCGACAGCGAAGAAGGGUGCUUUAAAAGUGUGACGGAGGAGGAAAUGUGUUCAGUUGAUAAAGGUAGCAGCAAAGGAUGGCUCUUCUAAUUAUUGUUCUUGAGGAUGAUUUUUCAUUAAAUCUCAUCAAGAACAUAUAAAUUUUUGUAUAAAUAAUUAAAAUUCUAAUAAAAUUUAAUUUACUCUUUUAGGCGCAUUUGGUCA